AUGGCCUUGACGCGCCUCUUAGAAGGUAUCUACGAUGAGCCAAACGGCGAUGAGAUGCUUGUAGCUGAUAUCGAAGCUCGUCUUACUCAAGUUCCUCAAGGAGACCCCAAAGAUCACGAGGUUUGGAAGCGCUCGGUCGCAUCCUGCUGCUUCGACGAGCUCAGCUUCAUCAGCAAAGGGCUGUAG